ACUACUUAUAGAAACCAAAUGAUAUUUUCAGUCGCCAUUAAAAUCUAUUGUUAAAAAUAAAACACAAUUUUAUUACUUAAAUCAGAAAAUACUGAUUCAAAAAUGUUGGUCUCACGACUUGGUCUAUCGGCCACACGCCGUGUACUACCGUUGCAGCGACAAUGGGUGCGGCGAUCACAUGAUGCCACCUAUAAGGGACAGAAUCUGCCGUUUGAUAUAACGAGUCCCAGAUUGACGGCCAUCAAGUUCUUUGUAUUCUUCAGCAUACCGUUUGCCGUACCGUUUAUUAUCGUCAGAUAUCAGCUCAAGAAAGCUGCCGGUCAUUACAUUUAACAAGAUUUUUGCAAUAACCAGAGGUACAGGUAUUUGUUAUUAAUACCUGUGCUUAAUGCUUAUCAUUAUAAAAUUAUUAUUAUUAUUAAUUAUUAUUA